AUGGCCGACUACCACGCCCUCCCCCACCCCCACCCAGCCAAGCGGACCUCAGCCUCAACCACCUCCGACGACACCCGCCUCGACCUCGACGAGCAUGCCCACACCAAGUAUCCGCCCCCGCCCGAGCAGCACUUCCCCAUCCCCAUCCCCAUCCCCGCCCGCCCGCCCCUCUGGAAACGCAUCUUCUGGGACGCCUCCCCGCUCCACCAGCGCAUCAAGAACCACCAGGACGGCGUGGGCAUCCAGGAGAGGGCCUACAUCUGCUGGCUCCUCAGCCUCGCCAUGCUCAUCGCCCUCCUCAUCGAACUCAUCACCAACGCUAAAUACCAGGGCUCGCCCAUCGCCACCAAGCCCACCUUCAACUUCAUGAUCGGCCCCUCCCCCGAAGUGCUCAUCAACACCGGCGCCCGAUUCACCCCCUGCAUCAAGAACGUCCCCGCGCUCUCCAACAUCCCCUUCCCCUGCCUCAACUCCACCUCCCCCGACGCCACCUGCUCCCAGUCCCUCGAGUCCGUGCUGCCCCUGUUCCUGCACGCGGGGCUGAUCCACUACCUGCUCAACGUGGCCGUCCAGCUGACGUCGUCGGCACUCAUCGAGCGCCAGAUGGGCUCCGUGCGCUUCCUGCUGCUCUACAUCCCCUCGGGCAUCUUCGGCUUCAUCCUCGGCGGGAACUUCUCGCUCGUCGGCCAGCCCUCCGUCGGCGCCUCGGGCGCCAUCUUCUCCACCUAUGCCGCCGUCCUCGUCGACCUCAUCGCCCACUGGUCCAUCGAAUAUCGCCCCGCCAGAAAGGUUCUUCUACUCUCCCCCCCUCCUCCUGCACAAAACAUCGUCGCCGGCUUGCUGCUCGGCCUGAUCCCCGGCAUCGACAACUUCUCGCACAUCGGCGGCUUCGGCAUGGGCAUCCUGCUCGCCAUCCUGCUCUUCCCCGUCCUGCACCAGACCAUUGCCCACCGCUGGACCUUCUACGCUGUCCGGCUCGUCGGCCUCGUCGGCGCCAUCCUCAUGUUCGUCCUGCUCUACCAGAACUUCUUCACCGACGACCCCGCCGCCUCCUGUGACUGGUGUCGCUACUUGAGCUGCUGGCCCACCGCUAGUAACAACAGAUGCAAAGGCACUGGCCUCCAAGUCACCGAAACUACAACCACCACCCCCGUCGCCCACGGCAACGGCACCGCCGCCCCGCCCACGGUCACCCGGACGACCUCGUCGGCCGUCAUGCUCCCCGCGCUGCUCCGGCUGGCCAUGUCGCUUAUCCCCCAGUAA